AGUCGUGUUGGGACAAAAUAAUGAAAAUCAGAAAAAUAAAAGACUAAAUAUGAGAUUCAGACGACGCAAGAAACGGGUAAAUCAGCCAUAGUAGAGUGCUGGUUGAGAUUGUGCUACUCCGAGAAAUCAGAAAUGGCGAUUAUGAGAGAGAAAUCAUUGAAGUUGACCUUAUUCUUUUGCAUCGUUUGGUCACUCAGCCUCCUCUAUGGUGAGAUGUUCGCGUACUGGCUUCCCUUUCUUUGGACAUGCUCCUGGCCUCAUCUUCACUAUCAUCACUCGCUUUCUUUGGGAGGAGAUGUUCCAAACAAUUUCAUGAAAGUAGCGGUCCUUACUGACCCGCAGCUAAUGGAUAGAACUUCCCAUGAUUUUCCAUCAAAAUCAUUUUUGGAGAUUGCACAGUUUUACUCCGAUUUGUACAUGCGUAGGUCAUUCCUCUCUUCAGUUUUGCCUUUCAAGCCGGAUGCAAUUUUAUUCUUGGGUGAUUAUUUUGAUGGUGGUCCACAGUUGUCAAAUAAAGAAUGGCAGGAAUCUUUGAGUCGGUUCAAGCAUAUCUUUGAUGUUGGUAAACGAGCAAGGACUAAAAACCUUCCAAUUUACUACAUUCCAGGAAAUCACGACAUUGGUUAUGCUGGUCAUAUAUUCCAUAAGCCAGAGGUUUUGGAGCGUUACGAAGGCACCUUUGGAGAAAGAAAUUAUAGGUUUACUAUUGGAAAAGUAGAUUUUGUUGUGAUUGAUGCCCAAACCAUUGAUGGUAACUUGGAAGAUGACGUACCCUCGUUUACUCGGUUUUUCGUGGAUGGUGUCUCCAUGAAUGUAAGUUCAAAUCCAAGGGUGUUAUUGACCCACAUCCCUUUGUACCGAUCGGAUUGGACUCCUUGUGGCCCAUACCGUUCAUCAGAAAUUAUCAAUCAGAGGGUUUCUCGGUCUGCUGAUGAUCAGAGGAUAAUAUACCAGAACUAUGUUACCAAGGAGUCCUCAAAGUAUAUGUUGGACUCAAUUCAGCCUGUACUCGUACUUUCUGGACAUGAUCAUGACCAGUGUACUGUAGACCAUAAGACAAAAUAUGGUACUGUAAAGGAGCAUACUCUUGGGACAUUAAGUUGGCAACAAGGCAACUUAUAUCCAUCGUUCAUGCUUCUAUCUGUUGGCAAUUUCAUACAAGCAAACGGAUCUUCUCCAGAACCAGUUGUACUUGUUCAACUGUGCUUUCUUCCUACCCAACUAUUCAUAUAUAUAUGGUAUAUCGUACUUUUUGUUGUAACCAUCUUAGCUCUUUCGAUUUUACCUAUAUAUGGAAUUGAUAUCAAGGAUCUAAUGACAAAUAUAAACAAAUUAGUCAAAGAGAGUCUUUCUUCAAGUGGUAGAAAAGAGAAAAAUGAAGAUGAAAACUAUGAGUUUGAAAUGAUGUGGGAUGCAGAAGGGAGCAUGCAUCUUAUCAAGAAGCCUUAUAAAGCCCCUUUAAAUGUGUCAAAGGAGACUAGUUCAACAGAAAGAGGCAAUGCUGUGAUACGUAAGGCCAGGAAACAAAUGCUGCAAGACCAAGAGGGUGCAUCUGAAGUAGACAUUAGUGUGGAUCCCGAGUCUGACAUGAAAAACAUGCCAAGAUCAAGCAAAUCUUUGAUGAGAAUAAUGCUGCAGCGAUGUAUUCGAGUGCUUGGGAUGAUUUUGGUUAUUGCUGUGGUGAUUGUCCCGCUAUACAUAAUGCUCUUAUUUAAGGAUUGGAUUGAAUAAUAAUGAAUGAUAUACUUCUAAAUAUGCUAAACAUUUUUUAGAAAUAAUACUUAAUACAUUGAUAUCAUUUGAUUUAUUUUGGAUCUGCCCCUGAUCACACAGAUUUCCCCAGCUUAUAGAGACAUAGCUACUAGCUUAUCAUCUACCAAUAGUUUUCAAUAUUGUUGUUUGUAAGGGUCUAACGGUGCUUGUAAAUUGUAAUGAUCUGUUUCUCUCUCGCUUUGUGUUUUUUGGGUGAGGGAAAACGAACAUGUUGUAUUAUUUAUUAUUAUUAUUAUUAUUUUUAUUUUUAUUA